UGUGUGGCGGAGGAGGAGGAAGAGGAGGAGGAGGAGGAGGAGGAGAAAGAAGAGCAGCUAAUGCCAAAGGAGGUAAAGCUGUGGCACGAGGCGGUUAAUGACUUCGAGAAGGUCCUCGUGCGUUGGGUGGAUACCGUCCAACCGCCUACCACCGCCCACCUCAUGGCCCUGCCUCUUGGUCACUACCUUGAGAAUAUCCCUGAUUAG